AUGGCGUCCGCAUCGCGGCCCAAACAGCCACUAGAUGAAUCAGCGAGGUACCGACCAGUGUAUCAAGACGACGACCACGACGGUUCGGAGGAUGGUGUUGGUCAUGUCGGCCAUGCCGUCGACGAUGCCGGCGGGAAUCUUGGUCAAGGCCAGGAUGCUCGGGGGGCAUUUCGGGGGGAAGAUUUCCGCUCACGGCCUUCGCCGUCUGAAAACCGCUUUCGGGUCGCGACCUUCGUUCUUGCCACGCUGGUGGUUAUUUUAGUUGGGGUCAACGCUUUCACGUCACUGCCCUUGGCCUUCAAGGGAAAGAACGACUCUUGUCCCUGCCGUUCGAGAGAGGUGCCCCAGUACUUCCAGACUUCACCCGAGUUAUGGGCCGGCCCUACGCCGACAGGAAGGGCUGCUUUCAUGGCACAGACGCGGACUUUUGACCCAACCGCGACCUAUGUGCCGAAUGAGCCAUUGCAGACGUCAAUCCCCAUCGAGGGAAUGGGCUUGGGCAAUGAGAGCAUCUUCAAGAUGAUGGGCUAUCUGUCGCCCUAUGCGCCUUCUCCAGGAUUUGGCGUGGACGAAUUUCCGCUACCUGCCGGGGCAGAGAUUCUUCAAGUGCAGAUGCUCUCUCGUCAUGGAUCGCGAUAUCCUACGACUGGGUCCGAGGUCGCCCAGCUUGGGCAGAAGAUUGCCAACGCCUCAGAGACGUUCGACCCGAAAGGCGCUCUCUCCUUUCUCAGGGACUGGAAAUACCAACUCGGGGCCGAAAUUCUCGUGCCCAAGGGUCGCGAGGAGCUCUUUCAAUCGGGCGUUCUGCACAGCUACAUGUACGGCAGCCUGUAUAACCCCAAGAGCAAGAUCAUCGUUCGCACGACUACCCAAGACAGAAUGCUCAAGUCUGCGGAAAAUUGGCUGGCUGGGUUUUUCGGACUGGAGUGGCCCAACAAUGCCACCAUCGAGGUCAUCAUAGAAGAAAAUGGAUUCAACAACUCGUUGGCCGGGUCUUUGAAUUGCCCAAACAGCUACACCAAGUCUCCCGGAAACGAAGCUCGCAGCGCAUGGACACACGAAUACCUCAAAGAUGCCCAGAAACGAUUCCAGACAAUGACAGCAGGUUUUACAUGGACUGUCGAAGACGUUUACGCUGCGCAGACCAUGUGCCCGUAUGAAACUGUUGCCUAUGGUUUCAGCAAAUUUUGCGACCUGUUUACGUACAAGGAGUGGCGAUACUUUGGUUACUCUGUUGAUCUUUUAUUCUCGUCCGUCAGCGGAUUCCACAGUCCGACUGGGAGAGCCAUUGGCCUCGGAUAUCAACAAGAAACCAUGGCACGACUUAAGAAUCAUACGCUGGGCUACUCUGGCUCGCAAAUCAAUGUCACACUGGACAGCAAUACUGAGACGUUUCCCCUGAACCAGAGCCUGUACUUUGACUUUUCUCACGAUACCAACAUGGUGUCAAUCUUGACAGCCUUUGGACUCGGGCAAUUUGCCGAGGAGCUGCCUGCCAACAGCUAUCCCGGAGAUCACAACUUCACCGUCUCACACUUGACGCCGUUUGGAGCGCGACUCGACAUGGAAGUCAUCCAAACUCCCCAGCCGCUGUCACCAAAUCGAGAUGGCUAUCUUCGGGGCGGGCAGACAAAGUAUAUCCACUUUGUCCUAAACCAGCGGACGCUACCGCUGGGCAAGAGCUUGCCCGAAUGUGAUGCCAGCAGGAGGGACGGGUGGUGCGAGCUGGAUACCUUCAUCAAAGUCCAAGACGACAUGGCCGCCAGGGCCAACUUUGAUCACGCUUGCUUUGGAGAUUACCCUGCCGUAAAAUAUGGCGAGGUGACUGACGGUGUGCCGCCGUAA